UUUCGCAAGAGCCAGCAUCCUCUGUGCUAUACUUUUCCCCCAGGCCCCCACAACGUGACUGUCCUGGCUGAUCCCUUAGUUCAGCUCUUCUGGGGCCAGCCAAUGUGGCAGAAAUGAUUACACCCGCUCCCUUCGGCUCCCCUCCCCACAAAAGACCAAAUAUGUCCUUCCCACACAAUGGCUGAGCUCCACUGGCCCGGAGCCUGUGAACACCGAAUGGUCUUUCCGAUUCAAUUAAUUCAGCAGAAUUACACUAGCCCAUUACCCCCCGCCUCAACCCAUGGAAGCCUAGGAGAUUGUUUCCUCUAGUUUUACCAAGACCCAUAGAGUAUCGUCUUCCUUCAUUGAAGCUUACAGCAAAACACGCUUGCUGAGACAGCCCGUAUCAUUCACCAAAAUAUAUCACAGGAAAAGCAGCAAGAUUUUGCAAGGCUCAAGGAUUUCCAGUUCAUCAGUGGCUAACCAAGAAGGAGCACCUCUUCUACUGCUAUGAAAGGAAAGCUCUAAGACCUACCACUCUACUGUUAACUGUUGUCCUCUACGAGACCCGAAAAGCAUGAAGGCUGUAGCUCUCUUCAUUUGUCUUGCAGGAUCCACUUUUGCUAUUCCAACCCAUCCCUUAAACCACAAACUCGGAACCCAUGGACAGAAAACUCCUGAAAAGACUGAAGACAUCCACCCUGGAGCCCCCAAGGAAGAGAAUGCAGGGUUUGUAGACAAUGGUGAUUUGCUGCCCAGUCACAAAAACCUAAAACCAGAGGUAUCAGUACCAGACACCGAGCACAGGGGUGAGUCCCAGACCACUAGAAAACAAAGAAGAACUGGUAGCGAGCAUCAAGUGAAAAAUAGCCUAAAAAGCAUCAAUUUCCUUGCACUGCACAAUAAACCAGCUUUGGCUUCUGACAACCAGGACAGCGACUCUGGAAGCAGCGGCAGAGAACAGUCCAGCUCUGAGCAUUACCAGGUUAGGCAGCACGAGAAACACGGCAAUACGGCCAAUCGACAUGAUCUGGGCAAUGCAGAAAAUCCAGCAGAUGCUCUCGGUCUUUAUCAUGAGCAUAACACAUGGAAAUAUAAUAAAAAUACAGUUGGCCUAUCUGAAAAAAACAGUGAAAGUGAGGAAGAAGAAGGUGUGGAAGAAGAGGAUGAGGAAUGGGGUGAAGAAACUGGUUACAGAGCUACAAAACACAAAGGCCACCAGGCAAAUCAAGGUAACGAAUACAAAAGGCAGCAAAAUGAAAAGCGUAUGCAGUCUGAUGAAAUCCUGAGAGAUUCCAGUCAACCAAUGCGGAUAACCAAGAGACAUGGCGAGAAACUGGACCUAGGAGAAGAAAGGGAGAACAGCCAGAAGAAGCCAUAUAAAGAAGAAAUCCCCCUCUCUCAAAAAACCCAUAAUGAAUAUCAGGAUGACAAGUGGCAAAGCCAAGAGAGGAAAGACAAUAUUCAAGUAAACUAUCAGAGUGAUCACAACACAGUGGUGAAAACACAAGAUACAGAAGACAGUAAUGUUGACGAUGAUGGUCACGAUAGUGGUGAUGUUAACAGCAGGGAAGAUCUCAGCAAUACCUGGAAAGAAGCAGCCUAUGAGGAAGAGGAGAGAAUCCAGAGUAAUGACCAGGAGAGCACCAGUAUUGACCACAAGGAGGAAGGAACCACCAAUGAUGACACUGCAGUUCGUAGAGAGACUGAGGAUUACCAAGAUGUCAAGAUUAAAGACCUUAUUCACUCUGAACAAGAUGAUUACGAUCGUGAACCACCUCAUUCUGACAGCAAGCAACAACUGGAAACAAGUAGCUCUGUUCAGAGCAUGGAUUCAAUGGAAAGUGAAGAUAAGGUUAAGACCACAGGCAGCUCCUAUGGUGAGAUGGAAAAUGCAAGCAACAGGAGUGAGAAGGCUCUCCUGGACUCAUGCAGGAACUUCCAUUGCAAAAGAGGUAAAGUCUGCCAUGUGGACAAACAAAAGAAACCCAGCUGUAUUUGCCAAGAUCCUGCUGCUUGCCCUUCCACCAAGGACUAUGAGCGUGUUUGCGGUACGGAUAAUAAGACUUACGAUGGCACCUGUCAACUCUUCGGCACCAAAUGUCAACUUGAAGGGACAAAAAUGGGACGCCAGCUGCACCUAGACUAUAUGGGCUCCUGCAAAUACAUCCCCCACUGUACUGAUUAUGAAGUGGAUCAGUUCCCCCUCCGGAUGCGUGACUGGCUCAAAAACAUCCUUAUGCAAUAUUACAAACGCGAUCUGGAUACUUCUGGAUUUCUAACCGAGAAGCAAAGGAGCAAGGUCAAAAAAAUCUACCAGAAUGAUAAGCACCUCGUGGCUGGUGACCACGCGGUUGAGCUGCUCCUGCACGACUUUGAGAAAAAUUACCACAUGUAUGUGUAUCCUGUGCAUUGGCAGUUUCAUCAGCUUGAUCAGCACCCUGUUGACAGAUUAUUAACACACUCGGAGCUUGCGCCUUUGAGAGCCUCCCUUGUUCCCAUGGAACACUGCAUAACCCGUUUCUUCCAAGAGUGCGAUGGAGACCAAGAUAAACUAAUUGCUUUGAAGGAAUGGUGCCACUGCUUUGGGAUUAAGGAAGAAGACGUAAAUGAAAAUCUCCUGUUCUGAGCUUGGCUGAACAGAAUCCCAGCCGUGAACUAAAACUGGUGAAAUAAGUGAAUCUUGUUUGUUUUUGUAAUUAACAGCUUCAUAGUUUUCAAGACAAAGGUGGCAUAUGGUUCACUGCAUUCUUAUCUAAUAACACAAGUGUUGAAAAGUUCUACGUUCAUUAACAGCAGAAAAAAUUAACUCCUUCAAGUGGUUCGUGGCUAAACAACCAGUGUUUUCCCCGGCAUGUAUCCAUGAUCUCUCUGAACCAAUACAUAGUACUAACCUGAUGACUGAGCUGUUUA